AUGUUCAUAUUCGCGCCGCGCGACAACAUGUCGACCUCUCGACAUAGUUCGACCUCGCGAACUCGCGGUCGCUAUGCUCGCUCGUCCACCACGACGAGCGUCACGCAGAUGCUGAGCGACUCCUGCACGAGUCUGCUCCAGAAACUGACCACGAGAGUGCGCGGGACGUCCACCUUGAACGAGCGCGGUGUGGGAGGCGCCAGCGCCAGGCGAUCACCGAACAUCGGUCGACUUGGUAACACGCGAAGUCGCCUGGAGGACAAGUACAGCAUGAUCCUGGACAAGUACGCCGGCAAGAGACACGUCGACGGCUCGGAGCGGAGUGUCCGCGACUAUUCCCGCAAGCAAGAGCAACGUGAUCACAGUUAUUAUCACCGUGACGACAGUCCCUUCGUGCGCGACGACAAGACGCUGGAGCCUUCGAUGACGCGCAGCAUCAUCAAGAGUCCGACGAGCGUGCUGCUGAGCGAGAAAGCUUACCCGUACGUGAGCUCGGCGAUGGGCCGGGAACCCAGGCGCGAGAAGACACCCGCCUAUACCCGCACUGAUCGCCAUACUCUGCUGAAUUCGGAAGCUUAUCGCCGUUACGGCAGACACAAGUCCGGCCAUGCGGAAACGCGCAGCCGGAAGGUGCGACUGCACCGGAACGGCAAGAGCGAGCAACUGGAGGCACACUCGACCUCCCUCAGACUGUCCCGACCGGUCAAGAUCGACCCAAUGGCGUUCGCCAACAGCGGCAAGUCGCAGGUCGCGAUCGAUCGGGACAAGACGCCGAUCGUCGACGGGCAAGUGACUUUCCUCGAGAAUCACGAUCACGUCCCAAGCGUGCACGACGCGCUUGCGGAGGAUGACGAGGAUCCGACCAUCUCGGACCGCGCGGCCAAGCGAAAGGAGAUUCAGAGUCUGAUCCUGAAAUACGUCGCCAUGGAGGACGCGUACAGCCAGUUGGCGUCGGGCGGACAAGUGAACGCGCGUCCCAGCACGACGGACAUCAUUGCCAGCAAGUAUAGGAAGAGCAAUCAGCAGCAACAGCAGCAUAACAAUCACAAGGACAACGCGUCGAAGGGGGGCACCGUGAUAGCGUCGACGGGCGCGAGUGCGAUUAGCAACGUGGUGGACGCGGUCCACGACGCGAUUAGCCCACGACCGCCCUCCGUCGAGGACGACGAAGACGGCCACCUUGUUUACCAAUCCGGCGACACCCUGGCAAAUAGAUAUAAAGUACUGGCCACCCUAGGAGAGGGUACUUUUGGAAAAGUUGUCAAGGUUAAGGACCAGCAAAUGGAUCAUGUGAUGGCUUUGAAGAUCAUCAAGAACGUGGAGAAGUACAGAGAAGCCGCGAAACUGGAGAUAAAUGCAUUGGAGAAGAUCGCCCUCAAGGAUCCCGAAGGCCAGCAUCUUUGCGUGAAGAUGCUCGACUGGUUCAAUUAUCACGGACACAUGUGCAUCGCCUUCGAGAUGCUCGGCUUGAGCGUUUUCGAUUUCCUUAGGGACAACAGUUAUCAGCCGUAUCCGUUGGAACACGUCAGGCACAUGGGCUACCAGCUGUGCUACGCGGUGAAAUUCUUGCACGACAACAAGCUCACGCAUACGGAUCUUAAGCCGGAGAAUAUACUGUUCGUCGAUUCGGACUACGACAGCACGUAUAACAGUAAAAAGCUCUUCCUUUUCAAGCGGAGGGAUGUGAGACGCGUGAAGCGAACCGACAUCAGGCUCAUCGACUUCGGCAGCGCCACGUUCGAUCACGAACAUCACAGUACGAUCGUUAGCACGAGACACUACAGAGCGCCUGAGGUAAUUUUAGAAUUGGGUUGGUCUCAGCCCUGCGACGUUUGGUCCAUCGGCUGCAUCCUGUUCGAGUUAUACCUGGGCAUCACGUUAUUCCAAACGCACGAUAAUCGCGAACACCUGGCGAUGAUGGAGCGUAUACUUGGCACGAUACCGCAUCGCAUGGCGCGUAAGACCAAAACCAAAUACUUCUAUCAUGGCAAGCUGGACUGGGACGACAAGAGUUCAGCUGGCAGAUACGUGCGAGACAAUUGCAAGCCGUUGCACCGCUAUAUGCUAUCAGAUGACGAAGAACAUCGUCAAUUGUUUGACCUCGUUCAGCGAAUGUUAGAGUAUGAGCCUUCGCAACGCAUCACCCUAAAGGACUCAUUGACACAUUCGUUUUUCGAUGCUCUGCCGGCAUCUCAAAGAUUGCCUGACCCGCGGGCAGCCGGUGACUCUCAACAGACCCACGAACGAUCACACUCGCUCUCUCGAUGAAGCUAGGAAAGGGACCGACUUCCCUACUGGACAGACACUCCACUUUCAACGACACUACUGCCCUACGUCUUCGUUCUGAUAUCUUUAGUUUUCAUGAAAACAUGUCUUUCGUAGCAACGAAACUCAAGGAUGUAAUGUGCAAGGCUAUUAGAAUGGCGCGCAUACAUGUAAAGACAUCGAUUAAAUUUUUUUGGAAAUUUCUCACGACAUGAUCCGCGCUUGAUCUCUCGGAAAGCGGAGUUAUGCGUACGUAGGGAUAGCAGUAGUGCGGUGGAACUUGGGCUAAUUCGAGUGUAUUCGACGACGAACGAUCAGGGGCCGCUGACUCGCUUGUUAAAGAAAAAAAGGAGAGGUUGGUCUUGAUGGUUGCGUCUGCAAUUUGCUUUUACCACGGAUUAAAUGAUCAUGAAACGAUGACGAGGUCCCUGUUACUGGCGCGUGUAAAGGCCAGUGUGUCUGCUCAGUGUAGCGUAACAGAGUCCCGCAAAUUGUAAACAAUUUUUUAAGCGCUCUGUACAUUUUGUCCCUUAAAUUUAUUACCAUGUUAUAAUAUCCACGAUAACGAGUUUGGAGUAAAGAUCACCCUCGGGUCCGCAGUUUGUAAUAAUCUGUUCGUUAUGAAUUGACGACCACGAACGUGUUCUAGCAGUAAGUAAUCGGAACUAGUGAUAUAACAGGUAGAUUUACGCGUACAUAUGUCGGUAGAGUUGAGACAGAGAGGGAGAGAAAGUGAACGAGCGAACGGACGAAGGAGGGAGCGAGUAAGUGUGUCAGGAGUAUCAUCCACAAUUCAUCGUUGUGAAUUACAAUACAUUUUAAAACAUAAGAAUACACAUCAUUAUCUUAGAGGAUGUUCUCUCAGCGAUCCUUUCUGCGUCUUUUUCUUUUUUUUUU